AAAAGCAAGCGUUAACCUAAAACUGUAAACCCAAUCUACUAAUUUAAGAAUGAUAUAUAGGAUAACACGAUUUUUGUUAACUCUCCAAAAAUAUAAAAUCUGAAACAUCUUUUACAUCUCUGUUUUUUUAUCCUGCAAUCCACAAUACUUACGAAACUUCCUUUUUCCUUUACCCCCUAUUAGUUCUCCCUCCUUAUAUAUUUAUACACAUACCAAACCAACCCCAAAACCCCCAAAAUCCUCUCCUCUAUUAUCAUUUACUUGUAUAACCAAAAAAAAGAAAAAAAAGAAAACAAUCCUAUCCAAAAAUCACCACCUCCACCAUCCAAAAUAUGGCGGCACCGCCACCAAAAACUCCACGAACAUGCUCUCAGUGCGGCAACAACGGCCACAACGCUAGAACUUGCACUGAGCUAACUGAACUAUCCGCCACCGCUGCCGCUACCGCUUCUGCUGGGGCUCCUGUACCUGGUUUCAUGCUGUUUGGGGUGAGACUAACAGCUUUAGAUAACUCUCCUCCAUCUCCUUCACACUCGAUUUCUCCGUCUUCGUCGAUUUUUCGAAAAAGUAUGAGUAUGAAUAACCUCUCACAUUAUGAACAACAACAUCUACCACAUGAUCAUUCUUCUCUUGGUAAUGUUAAUGAUAUUGUUGCGUCUGGUUAUGUUUCUGAUGACGCUCUUCAUGCUUCUGGUAGUCGAAUCCGUGAACGCAAGAGAGGUGUUCCUUGGACGGAAGAUGAGCACAGGCUAUUUUUAACGGGGCUGAAUAAAGUAGGAAAAGGAGAUUGGAGAGGAAUUUCUAGGAAUUUUGUAAAGACAAGAACACCAACACAAGUUGCAAGCCAUGCUCAAAAAUAUUUUCUCCGGCGAAGCAACGUCAACCGCCGUCGCCGGAGAUCUAGUCUCUUUGACAUCACCACCGACGCAGUGAGCCAUUCAUCUAGAGAGAACCAGUUAUUAGGAAGUCAAGAUUCAUCUUGUCAAUCAAAAGCAAGUGCAAGUGCAAGUCAUCAUCAAACCACCACAUUUGCUUCCCCUUAUCCUCCUUCAUUGAGGCCAAUUUCAACCAAACACGGCCGUUCAAUUGCAAUACUUCCGGUCCCACCUUCUUCAAAGAUGGCAAGUCUUAAUCUAAACCAAUCACCAACAUCAUCACCAUCAUCAUCCUCAACAUCAAUCUAUAAUACUAAAGAAAGAGAAUAUGAGCCCUUCCUUUCCCUCAAGCUCUCACAAGCGCCGUCCGAUGAGGAAUCUUCUAGGCGAUCAUCCCCCACCUUUGGAGGAUUCAAUGGCAGUGGAGAUAGCAUUAUUAGUGUUGCUUGAAAGGGAAUAAAGACAAUGAUGAUUAUGAUAGAUUAAAAUAGUUAUUAUUUGGGUUGUAAAGAGGGUGGUGAUUGAUUAUAUUAAUUAAGAUAAGUUUCUUUUUACUA